AUGGACUCAAGCAAGAAGCAGUUUGCCAUGGCAGGGCCCAAAGGCGACGGCAAGAGGUUGUCUCCAGCCACGAUAAACUCGAAUCUACUACUGCUACAGGCCCAGUCCGACGCAACUUCGCCAAUAAGACGGUAUAAACGAGACCGACCUUUGAGCUCGUGCAGCUUUGAAUUCCUACAAGAAGAACAGGAAAACUACGGCGCAGAGCCCCCGUCGUCUCCAGCUUCGCCUACUCCCAUAGCGACCCCGAACAAGCUGCUGUCGCGGCAGCGGCUCUUUUCCCAGAAAAAGCCCUCACUUGCAUCCUUGACUAUAUCAAGCUCAAGCUCAAACUCAAACUCAAGCUUGCAUUCACGCUCACCGCCCCAGUUUCCACGCGCUCCGUUGAAGACGCUUUCCCAUUCAGUCAAGCAAAAGACAAUCGCAUUCACGAGAGCAAUGACCGACGUCGUUUCCAAGUCCUCGGCGUCCUCCUCGAAUUUUUUCGGCUCGCAACUGACACUGACUCCCAGAGUCGACUCGAGCUAUUUCUCGUCUUUGGAUCGACCUCGUCUCUCAGGAGAGCAAGAACAAGAACAAGAGCAAGGAGAGGUAGACUUGGGGAAUGGCGUAGAGACGGAUCACGAUGAAGAUGACGACGAGGACGAUGAAGGCGACGACACAUUUGACACCAUCAAUGUUGUAUCUCCCAUUCGACAAAACCAGGCCUUGCGCAACAUCUCGAAAUCUCCAGUCAACACCAAUCGAGUCGCCAUACGCAGAUUCCACAGUGUGUGCCAGACUCAACAGGAAAUUGAAAGUUUCAAACUCAUGCAAGACAACUCGCACCUCAAGCAUACCACAAUCAAGACAUAUUCACUGACCUCCGAUGCCAUCCCACGAAUAAAUGAAGACCAAAUGUACCAGAUCCUAGAUGGCAAUCACAAUUGCGAAUUUGACGAGUUUAUGAUUGUUGAUUGCCGAUUCGACUACGAGUUUGACGGGGGCCACAUUGUCAAUGCCGUGAACAUCUCCACCAAGGAAACUUUGGAGGAGAUUUUCUUCAACAAAGUAGAUGAAGAUGCCAGUAACGGUCAGAGCAAAAAGAAUACAAAAAAAUUGGUGAUUUUCCAUUGCGAGUAUAGUCUCUUUCGAGGUCCGCUGUUGGCCAAGCAAUUGCGGAAACUCGACCGCACCAAAAACCACCGAUCUUAUCCAUUUUUAUCUCACCCGGACAUUGUCAUUCUUGAUGGAGGCUAUAAGCAGUUUUACACGAAAUAUGACGCCGAGUUUUGCACUCCGCAAAACUACGUCCCCAUGAGACAAGCCAACAACGAAGAUAAAUGUAAAGUUCUCCUAAAUCAAGCACGAAAGGAGAAUAAGAUUCUACAACGUUCAAACUCCAUGAGCAGCUCGCAAGUUUCAACAAGCUCGACUCCGUCUUUUUAUUCAUUCCCCUCGUCAGCGUCAGCAUCAGCGUCGGCAUCGUCAUUGCAGGAUCGACCAAUGGAUCUCUUUUCCACAUCCACGUCCACUUCAAAGUCCUCCAAAAUCCUCAAACGGCAAAAAUCAAACUCCAAAGUGGCAAAUCCAACUUCGCCUUCGCCCUUUUUUUUAUCUCGCAGCAGCAGCAGCAUCACCACUACAAGCUUUGAACCUCCAAGAUUGUCUUUAAAACACACGCGCACCAAUUCCUUCUCGUCGGUGCAUUCAAACUCGUCGCUGUCGUGUUUGAGCUCACCUUUAAUUUCAAAUUUCCCCACCCCGACAGAGGAAGAGUUCCCACCAACGACUAGAUUGCAACCACCACACGCGGCGUUCAGCAGAUCCUUGUCGCAAGCGUCAUCGAUCUUCUCUUCGUCGCAUAGAAAAUCGAUAUCGUCAACCAUGUCCUCGUCUAGCACCAUCUCGCUCCUAUCAGCCACGAGCUCAACCGAUAGCUUAGCAUCGGCCGAUGCCGCACCGUCGGCAAUCACGUCCUCCUCCGCCGACUACAACGCAGACUCAUUAAUCAACCAUUCGCUUUCGGAUUUCUUUGACAAUAAACCAACCUCGAUCCUCCGUCCCGUGCGGCGCAAACCGGUUAGCGCCUUACCGGCGUCCCCAGUCACGAGCAACCCAUUCACAUUGUCUCCUUCCACCACCACCACCACCACCACGAAUUCCAAUACGUCGUAUGUGUUUCCCGUAAAGAGGUCAAAUGCGCCCCAGUUGAAUCCUACCCUGGGCAAUUUCUGUUCCCCUGCCGUGUCGUCGCCGCUCACGUUGGGAGCGUCCCAUCUUGAAGAUGAUGGAGGUGCUGGUGCUGGAAAGAUGAACCAUCGCAGGACUGCCACUAGCUAUGUUUCCUACAACGAGCUCCACGAAGUUGAUGAAGAGGAAUAA